GUCAUCGCUCGAACCGGGUGUCAUAGUCCUCCCCUCUGCGGAUCCUGAUAACGCCCGGUCGUCUAUUCUUGCACAACUUGUUCAUCUAAAAAAUGCCGGGACUUCCUUCUUCCGUGGACCUCGACGAGUGCAUCUCUCGCCUCUACAAAAAGGAACUCCUGGCCGAGUCGGUCAUCGAAGCAAUAUGCGCCAAAACUAAAGAGCUUUUGAUGCGCGAGAGCAAUGUUGUCCACGUCCGCGCUCCCGUCACGGUUGUCGGUGAUAUUCAUGGGCAGUUCUACGAUCUGAUUGAGAUAUUCAAGAUUGGCGGCUGGUGUCCGGACACCAACUAUCUGUUUCUGGGCGACUACGUCGACCGAGGCAUGUUCAGCGUCGAGACGAUUUCUCUCCUUGUCUGUUUGAAACUGAGAUACCCCAACCGCGUCCACUUGAUACGAGGUAAUCAUGAAUCGCGGGGCGUGACCCAGUCGUACGGCUUCUACACAGAAUGCGCCCGGAAGUACGGCAACGCCAACGUCUGGCACUACUUUACCGACAUGUUUGACUUCUUGACCCUGAGCGUUGUCAUCAACGACCAGAUAUUCUGCGUCCACGGGGGCCUCUCCCCCUCCAUCCACUCGAUCGAUCAGAUCAAAAUCAUCGACCGCUUCCGCGAGAUCCCACACGAAGGUCCAAUGGCAGAUCUGGUCUGGUCGGACCCGGAUCCGGAGCGCGACGAGUUCUCGCUAUCACCCCGGGGUGCCGGCUACACAUUCGGCGCGCAGGUAGUCAAGAAAUUUCUGGCGGUCAACAACAUGAACCACAUCCUGCGCGCCCACCAACUCUGCCAAGAAGGCUUCCAGGUGCUGUACGACGACCGGCUAAGCACCGUUUGGAGCGCGCCCAACUACUGCUACCGCUGCGGCAACAUGGCUAGUGUGCUCGAGGUUAGCGAUACCGGGGAGCGCUUCUUCAACGUGUUCGCGGCGGCACCCGAAAAUGACCAGGUCAAGGAUGCCCAACAGAGUGGUGGGGGAGAAAAGGGGGCUGAUGGGGGAGCGUUGCCCGACUACUUCUUGUGAUGGAGGCCUGGCUAGAAGGUGACACUGGCUUAUUUACGAUGACCAGGCUGUUUGAUACAACCUUGGACCGUGAGAUUCCCAUGAAACAGUCGGUAAACUGAUGUGUUCAUGCUGGUCGGCAGCAAAGCCAAAAAAGCCUGAAGCUACAGAACCGAGAUUCGCCUCUAUCUCCAACACCUGCACCUCUCCCGGUAGCACCAAGAAACAAUGACUCCAUGAGCUAGUUUAGCAGCUAUGUUUUGUCGUCCGGCGAU